CAUGAGGAGGACAUCACUCAAACACCUGGGAUGAACAUUCAUAUUGUAGAAGAGGGGAAGGAGGAAGUGAAAGAGGAGGAUGAAGUUGGUGGUUUCAUCAAUUCUGAAGGAGAAGAAUUUGACUGGGAUUCUGUUCAACAUAGAGAGAGCCCUGACUGUGGCUUCAACAGCAAAGCGAGUCCCGCCACAUCAGAACAUCCUGAACACCAGGAGAGUCACAAAACGAAGACGUCUCACUGCUGCUCAGUGUGUGGCAGAGAGUGCUACAAGCUCUCAGUACUGCAGAUCCACAUGAGAAUCCACACGGGAGAGAAGCCGUACCCCUGCCCCGACUGUGGCAAGAAGUUCGCUCACCUGGGAGCCAUGAGACGACACCUCCUCACACACACGGGAGAGAAGCCUUACUCCUGCUCUGUGUGUGGGAAGAGUUUCACCCAAUCAGGACAUCUGAGGGAGCACCAGCAGUCUCACAGUGGCGAGAAGCCUCACCUGUGUCUGGUGUGUGGGAGAGGGUUCUCUAGAGCGUCAGACCUCCGGAUCCACCACAGAGUUCACACAGGGGAGAGGCCGUACAGCUGUGACUACUGUGGGAAGAAAUACGGCCGCUGUCAGAAGCUACGGGCUCACCAACGGACACACCACAGCGACAGGACACACGCUGAUACUGGAGAGGAGACGGAGGAUGAUGUUAACAACCAGCCCAGCCCGUCCCCAUCCCACAGCCCCCUGCAUCAGGAGAAGCUGAUCAAGAGGACCAAACAGAACCAACCAAAACCUUUUCUCACGGUUGUCUGGACUGUAAGGAAAGAGUUUUCCCCCUGUGACCUGGUGAGACACCAGAGGAUUCCCAUUGUGUUCCAUAAGGUGAGACACCAGAGAGUACACACAGGGGAGAAGCCCUACCCCUGUCCUGACUGUGGCAAGAGGUUCGCCCACUCAGGAGGCCUCCGAGAACACGAGAGGAUACACUCCGGAGAGAAGCCUCACUCCUGCUCUGUGUGUGGGAAGAGCUUCACCCAGAAGGGAAGUCUUAGGGUCCACCUACGGACACACACGGGGGAGAGACCUUAUUCUUGCGCCGUCUGUGGCAAGAGUUACACCCAAAAUGAAUUUUUGAAAGUGCACCAGCGAACACACACGGGAGAGAGGCCCUACUCCUGUUCUGUGUGUGGCAAGGGCUUUGCUCAGAUAGGAAACCUGAAGAAACACCAGCGGAUUCACACGGGGGAGAAGCCUUACCAGUGCCUGGAGUGUGGAGCCAGUUUCACCCAGAAGGACAGCCUGAAGAUGCAUCAGAGGUCUCACACGGGAGAGAAACCCUGCGUCUGCCCCGAGUGCGGGAAGGGUUUCCGCGACAACGGGCACCUGAAAGUCCACUUGAGAGUGCAUACAGGGGAGAAGCCGUACUCCUGCGCCGACUGUGGGAGACGGUUCAGCCAGGCAGACGUCCUGAAGAGACACCAGAUGGUGCACACAGGGGAGAAGCCGUACUUCUGCGCCCUGUGUGGGAGGAGAUUCGCCCAGCCUGCCACUCUGAAGUACCACCUCCGGACCCACGCAAGAGAGAACCAGACAGGAGGGCCUCAAUGCUGCCCAGUGUGUGGACAGGACUUCCCUACAGAGCAGGCUCUGAGAAAACACCUGCAGGCACACAUGGGGAGGACCUCUCUGUCAACGGGGGACAGGAAGACGGGGAGGAGGAAGUUGGUGGUCUGA